AAAUUUGGUUUGUUAAUUUUAAUAAAUUAACAGAUGCUAACAUCAGUGAGCUUUUUUUGGAGAUUAUAAUUUUGUGUUUGACAAAAGAGCGGGAAAGAAUGCAAUUCAGUUGAAGACCCUAGUUUUUCACGUUACACGAUGUCACAACUCCAGUUAAAUGAUGGACAUCGUCUGUUUUUACAGUCAUUUAUGUCUAGAGGAAUUCUAAAUGCUAAAGAAGUUAAACAGCUGUUCAAGAUAUGCUGCCUGAAAUACAAUAUACCAUAUCCAGAAAAUGAGAAAGAAGCUCAAGGCCCACUACUGGAGUUUGUAAGAACUGUAAAUCACCACAUAGGGCCUCUACACAUGCAGAUACGCAAGGGCAUCAGUGAAGAUGAUGGGACGAGUUCAUAUGGAUUGGUCUGUACAACAGAGUCAGCAAUAACAAAGUUGGCAUCAGACUAUACACCUAGUGAACUAGAAUUCUUUAAGAAACUGAUUGAAAUUAUUGUGGCAUCUGAAGAUGCAGAAGUAGGGUCAACAGAAGCCUUAAAUCUAGUCAGUCGUCUGGAAAAUGUCAAAAAGCUCUCCAAAGAUGAUGCUGAGGACCUGCUUUCUCGACUGGAAACAAAUAAAUGGAUAAAAAUGUCCCGGGGAAAGAUAAGUCUAGCCACCAGAUCCCUUCUUGAACUGGACCGGUAUAUAGAACAGAUGUACGAGGACGUGGAGAAGUGCAAUAUUUGUAAGAAACUCUGUCUGAAGGGACAAACCUGUCCAUUCUGUGGUACAAAACUUCAUUUCCACUGUUCAAGCAAGUUGUUUGAGAGAGAAGAAAAUCCUAAAUGUCCCAAACAGAGCUGUAAAAAACCCUGGCCACAUGAAAUCAGAAGGACCCCCAGGAGUCCAAGAAAAGAAGAGGUUUUGUACUCAAGAACACCAGAAAAGAGCCAAAGAAAAAGAAAAGCUGAUACAAGUUGAAAAUUGAAAUGGUUCAUGGCUCGUGCAUUUUGAUUGCAGACACAUUGUGUAAUGAUAAACUUUGGAGGCAGCAGUUGAUAGUUUUGAUAUCUGAUGAACUUUGGUUUUAGUGCUGUUCUUUUACUCUGGUUAACUUUUACUUUGUGAAAUGUCAUUUUGCAAUUAACUGUUGGUAUCUCUUUGAGUGAUUAUAAACCAUGCAAAAUCAGAGAUUGGAGAGGUUUCGCAGACCGAACAUGUAUGUGCAUGGGAAAAGUUACUGAAGUCAGAAAUACAAGUAUGCUGUGUGUACUUGGAAAUGCUUUAAAUAUUUAUUCACUUACAAUUUUAUUUACAUCAUUAUAUUUCCAUGAUUUUAUGCAACAUUUUAUAAAAAAUAAUUUGAACACUAAAUAUAAUAUUUUGCCAUUAAAAACAUGAAGAUACCUUUACAUGUAUCAGUACUUACUCUAAAUCUUGUAGAAAAAUGCACACUUUAAUUGAAAUAAACAGAACAUAAAAUAUAUAUGCUACAAGUUUGCUGUUAUCAUUUUCUCAAGUGUAAUGUUUUAAUGCACAUAUUUUACCUGCUACAAGUACACAUAUACUUUGGUUUGCAAAAUCUCUCGAUUAACUUUUUAAUGAUUAUGAAAUUUUUUAAACUCUUUAAAUACCAUUAAUCCACUGAGAAGAGAAUUUGAUUGAAAUAAACGAACAACUAAAGUAAAAAAAAAGUUGAUGUAUUCUUUUAUCCAAAUACUGUAGAUCACUAAAUUUUCGCAAAACCUUAUUUUUGUGAGAUUGUCAUUGACUCUCUCUAAGCGAGAUUAAAUUUUCACAAUUUGUGGUUGUUAAUCUGUAUCACCUUUAAUAAUACAUAUAUAUGCGAGAAUCAUGUCUUCGGGAGCACACUCUCGCAUAAUUUUGUGAAAAUAAAGCUCUCACAAAUAAA